AUGAUGAUGGAGAUGAAUAGAAAUGGAGAUGACCUCGAUUCUGAUGCACCUUUACCCACGAAAGGGAAGGCAAGAACCACAGCAGUCACAACCAAGAAGAAAGCCGCCCCUACAAAGAAGGCCACUUCCGCAGUUGAGAUUGAUAGUGAUGACGAGGAAGACGAUGACGAAGAGGAUGAAGAACCGGCGAAACCGGUCAAACGCACAAACCGUGCUGCCGUACUCAGGCGCGUCUUCUGUACUUCUGAAAAGCCCAAUGACCACAUACUGAUGCUGGAACUGUUUCUUGGUGCUAAGUCAAGCAACGACGACGCGAAAGGCACCGGCAAAGAGGGCGACACCCGCUCCCAAGGCCAAGCAGUCGACUUUAAGUUUCGAGCCUUCCCAGUCUCGUCCGGCCCGAACGUCAACACGCGCUGCUGCCGGCCGCGCAAGGGGUAA